AUGGAUCUUGACAAUAAACAGAAGGAUAUUGUUAAGCUAAAGAAUGAGCUCCGAGAGAAGCUUCUUCGAAGGAAACUAGCCAAGAAUAGCGAGGUGCGACUAGGGUUUGGCGGACGAGUGAUUCUCCCGAGUGAGCUAGGUGAGCAGACCAUACCAGACCAUGCUUUGCCAAAGGAAGACCGCAGUAUACUGAGUGGUAUAACAGAUGCUACAAGUGACUCUAGAAUACAAGGAAUUACCGAGAUCUCAAAGGAAGGAACAAUUGGGGGAUUAAAUGUUGUCAAACAUUCAGAACAUGAAAUUCAAGAUGAAAGUCCAACACAACUAACCAAGAUUAGUGAAGGUGGAUACUCUGAAUUCAAGCAGGAGUAUUCUAAUAACACUCCACAGCCAGAGUUCAUUCUCGAUGACCAAAGGAAAGUUCUCAUGACUCCCAAAGCUUACAAGGCUAAGUUGAAACGCAUGAGAAAGGCUCAGGAAGAUACAGCUGCACUUAAAGAGCAGAAAUUACUCAGGCUCAAAGCUCAACAGAAAGCACAAAGACUUUCAAAGAACAAAACCAAGUACGACAAUUGCGAUCGUGUACUCAUCAACGAUGUAGUCUAUGCGGUGGCCGAUAACGGCAUCACUCUAGCGCCUUUACUGGAUCCCGAUUGCGAGAAGUCAGAGUAUUUGGUGUGGAAUAAUUGGAGAUACUCACGAAAUAGGUAUGGAGUAUUGAAACGGAAUGUGCGGACCAAAAGCGGGCCCCAAUGCCGAUACUUCUCUAGAACAGGAAUAUGCCAGAAAGGCAUUCAUUGUCGGUAUGUUCACGACAUGAACCGGGUGAUGCUCUGUCGGCAGUUUGUGGUUGGGAAAUGUGACCAUGAAUGUAUCUAUUCACAUGAGCGAACAGAGUUUAAUACGCCCAUUUGUCGUUUCCACUUGGAGGGAAAGUGCCUGAAUUCUCAAUGUCGAUAUAUUCAUCGAAUACCUCGCCAUGCUCAAGAUAAGACAUACAGUGUAUGGACAUGCCGGCCAUUUGCUGUAGGAGGGUGGUGCUUGCGAGGUUCUAUGUGUCCGUUUCUACAUUUAUACAACUGUCCUGAUUUUGAGGAGGUAGGUGUUUGCCCACGAGGCAAAAGCUGCUCGUUAGCACAUAUCAUCACAAAGCGUAUCCAGGAAUUGAUGGCUACACCUCAAGACACCAGUGGGGUGGUUGUUGCGCGAGACACCGACACAAAGAAGUUGAUUAACAGUUAUACGGUGGAGCCUUCAUUGCUUUUUGUGAAACCGGAGACAUCGAGUUUCUACAUAGACCAAGGAGAGGACGAGGCUGAUGAUUCCCAGUUGGUGAUUCAUUUGGGUACUAGCGAAGGUGAAGAGGGGGACGAGGACGAGGAGGGGGAGCGAAGUAGGCUUGUACUGGCUGAAAAGGGGGAAAUUGGGAAUGAAGAGAGGCUGGAGAUGGAAGACUGGAAGUUGGAGAUGGUGAGUGGCAUGUCAAAUGAAAAAGAGGAAGAUAAUGAUGGAGGUAAGGUCGAAGUUGAUGGAAAAAUAUGA